AUGCUUCUCGCAUCACAAAGCCUGUCCGAUCUGUGCUUGAGAGUCUACUUCUCGCAGACCUAUUCCGAUGCCGAGUUUAUUAUCGUGAAUGUUGCUCUAUACGCUGAGGAUCCCACAACAGCGUUGAUUUUAGAGGUGGUCCUCGUGCGAAAGAGUUUCGGGUCGCCGCCUGACACCCUGACCGAGUAUCAAUGGUAUUACUCCAUGUGUCAGGCGAACAUCGAGACCGCACUGGCAGGGCUGCCGCUAUGCAUGAAGGCGAGCCACGACCUGACCUUGGCGCUCUUUUUUGCGGCCACGUAUGCCGUGGACAUCCUGAACCCCUCCCUCUCCUGGAAUCUAGUGGGCAUGGCAUCCCAGCAUGCUCGCACACUCGGGUUCCACACUCGCUCAGUCGGCACGAGAGACCUCUCGAACACCCUCAACUCCAAAGGGCUUCUCUUCUGGGCGAUCUAUGUGCUGGAAAGGUUCUUAUGCCUGCGGCUAGGCCGGACCUCGUCUUUGCAGGACGACGAUGUGACCUUGGCCCCGCCCCAAGCAUCAAUGGCGGGUGAGUCGGCUCUCGCGUACUUCGGCAACACGGUCAUGGUUGCCAGUCUCGCGGGAAGGAUCUAUGAGCAGCUAUAUUGCGCCGGGGCGCUUGGUCUGCCGGCCAAUGCACGGCGGGUCCGAGUGGCCACGUUGUCGCAGGAGCUAAAUGAUCUGAUCGAAGCUUCCCACACCAUCAGGGAUAAUUGGAUUCGUCAUGCAGUGGAUCACAAUGAUCGCGAGACCGCCAUUCACACGGCCAUGACCGGGGACGUCCAGCGGUUUUCCAUGCUGACGCUCAUCCACCGCGCCACCCCACCCCACAGCCUUGAAACCACCAUUAGCAAGGAGCGCAUUACCACGGCCCGCCACGCACUCGAAAAGCACCAGGCAAUGAUUCGCAAUCUUCACCUCAAGGACUCUAUUUUUCUGACCUCUUAUAUCACCUGGUCUACCCUAUUUGUCCCCUUUGUCCCCUUCAUCGCACUCUUCUGCCACGUCAUCGAAACCGGCAAUGAGGAGGACCUCGCGCGCAUGCAGAUUUUCGUCACUUCGCUCGAAUCCGCCUGCCCGAGCUCGCGGGCCAUCGCCAAGCACCAUCGUCUCAUCCAGGUCUUCCAUCGGGUUGUGCUGCGGUACAAAGCAUGUCGGGAUGCGACCAGCCUGUCGCAGGAAGAGUCUCUCAGCCUGCGUUCGGAGAUGGAUACUCAACUCCACGCGCUCGGAUUGCAGGCUUCGGUGGCUUCGUCGCCGCCGCCUCCGAUCGGGCGGGGAAUUGGUGAGGCCAGUGUGGUUGGGGCCUGGUCUGGGUGUGGUGGUGGUACCGCUGCUGCUGCCGCUGCUGCUGCUGCGGAUGCGGAUGCGAUCGACCCUGGUUACUCGGCCGCCUCAGGCGUAGAUCCCUGGAAGCAACCAAGCCUGCAACUGGGUGAAUGGUUCUCAUUCAGCCAGAGUAUGAUGGACUUGGCAGACGAGGACGAGUGGUUUUUAUAGAUUGUGUGGAUGUGUAACCGUUCAAUA